ACUCUUACGGGAUUUUCACGCAAAUUUGUGACAUUCUUUAUUCUAUGUAAAAAAUCAAUGUUACAAAAACGUGCAUUUUCGGUGGAAUUUUCAAGACGGAAAAACGUGCUCCCACUCGCGCGAUAAGAAAGAACGAUAGAAGAAGCUGCGUUGGUGGAUAAUUAUAGUGCCAUUUGUGGAUGUUUGUAAUCCAAUCAGGCGCAAGUAUCAGUCGUUAUCGGCUCUGCGGAAAACUCCGUAAUUUCUUUUUCAUAUCGUCAUCAGCUUAUUCAAAGAUGGUGAAACAGGGACCACGUCCACUUGUAAUUUGCGGCCCAUCAGGCAGUGGAAAGAGUACCCUGCUGAAGAGACUCUUCAAGGAAUUUCCUGAAACUUUUGGCUUCAGUGUCUCUCAUACAACGCGUAAACCACGUCCUGGAGAGGAGGAUGGCAUUCACUACCAUUUCGUUUCUGUGGACGAAAUGCAAGCUGCAAUUGAAAGGAAUGAAUUUUUAGAAACUGCCACCUUCAGUGGCAAUAUGUAUGGUACGAGCAAAAGGGCCGUACAGAGUGUCCAAGCAAUGGGAAAAGUCUGCGUGUUGGACAUUGAGAUUGAGGGGGUGAAACAAAUUAAAAAUUCCGACCUCAAUCCACUCCUUGUGUUUAUAAAGCCACCAUCAAUUGAGGAAUUGGAGAAACGUCUCCGAGGAAGAAAGACAGAAACUGAGGAGAGCCUACAGAAGCGACUCAAUACAGCUAAAGUCGAAAUUGAAUAUGGAAGUAUUCCUGGGAACUUUCACAUCAUAAUUCACAAUCUGCAAGUGAAGAAAGCCUAUGAAGAGCUGAGAGAUUUUGUGGUGAAGGAGUUGGAAACACAGCGUGAGGAAGGUACUUUUGUGAAUUUGAAACGCUGUGAGAAUGACUUGGAUUCAUCUUAAAUAACUCUUUAGCACCAUGUUUGUUGGUUUCUUUGAGUGUUACUGCUGUGAAUCAACUCACAAUUUGUUGGUUUUUUAUAAAUAUCUAUUUAAUCAGACAAGAUUUAUAUUUAAAUUAUACAAUCCUAUUUUUUCUACUAAUUCAACGGACGAUUUAACAAAAGCAUAAAUACCCAGUUUAUGUACAGUACAUACCUACAUACAUAUAUUUUUUUUAGGAAAUGAUCACGAAUCUGUUAAAAAUCUUUAAUAAUCUCUUUUAAUUUUCAUGUGUCCAAGAUAUUUUUUUUCUCCACAAAACUUCUUGUGUGGUCCGGAGGAAGAACCAUAUAUUAUUAUUCCUCAAUAAUAAAAAUUCUCGGACAAAUAGUUGUGACAUUUAAUGUGGUAAAAGAAUGCAACAUUAGCACUAAAAUUAACCAGAAAUGAAUAAAAUCCAAGAGAAUGGAUUACAAAAUGUGUUAAUUUGAUCUUUUGUAAAAUUAACAUAGCAAUAUUAUACAAGAAAAACAAAACAUUCCAUGACAAUUCUCUUUAAAAUAUACACACAUAGAAGUAUGUAUAUAAUUUCCAAAUUAAUAUAUUUCACAGUGGAGAUGCAUAUGACGUAAAAGACAGAAAGCUUUUAAAAUAAUAUAGAAUUUUAGGGACAAAAUUUCCUUUAUUUUCUAACAAAUUGCACCAACUUAAUAAAUAAAAUAAUAGAGUGCAAGAAGAACCUAUUAUUAACAGAGCAUCCGAAUUUUGUGUUUGAUAAACAUGUUUACACACAGAAGACUUAGAAGAUUGUUGAUUAAUGCCAAACGAAGCAAGUGAGUGUUGUGAAAAUUAUAUCCUAAUAUAAAAUGCAUUGCAAUUUUAAUUUAGCAUGAGAUUUAAAAUGAAAUUCCAUUAUUACCCGCCUAAAAUGUUUAUUUUUUUAAAGAAGAACUAAAUUGAUAUUCUAUAUUACAUUGGCAGUAUCUUUCAUCAUCAAAGAAUGCAAUAAGCCACACCAUUCGUAAGGUUUGUAAGUCAACAAGAAAAUCCUAUUUUUACCCAAAGAAAAAAAAUUGAUAAGAACUCAUUUAAUCCGAAUUGGUAAUGUAUUUGUAUUUAAGAAAAAUGCCAUAUAUCCUUCAAAAAAAUAAAAAAUAAAAACAAACUCAUUUUUGUACCUAAAUGAAAAAUUGAAAAUGUAUUAUUAAUAAUUUUAUAUAUUGUAUUGAAAUUUGAAAAUCAAUAAAAACACCUAUAUUUAAAAUUAAA